UAUAUCGUCAAGUCUUCGAAGCGAAGCACACUCACGACCGAAUUUUCUCUACAAAAAUAAAAUUCAAUUCCAUUGAACUUUCCUUGUGUACGCUGCGCUGCUGCCUGACUAGUGACUGCCCGUAAUUGUAGUCUUUUGUGUUUUGGUUUUUUUCGGACUUUCAUUUUUUAUUGAUUACAUUUUUUUGCGUGCAUCGCACGAGUUUCUAUAUUUUAAUAAGUUUUGUUUUUUUGUGCAAUUGCGAAAUAGUUAAUGCACCGUUAGUUAAAACUAACAAUCUAACUGCGAUUUAGUGCCACACUGACAAGCACAACAAUAACUAGCUUUCCGAAACUAACGCAAGUCAUGUCUGUAGACGACAUGGAGAUCCGUAAUCGAGGAGAAAACGCCGCUACCGAUGUGAACGUCGAAAACAACGCUCGAAUGCAAACAGGCAAAAUGGACGAUGUUGAGGAUAGUGUAUCGCUAAGCAACUUUAAGGUUCUAUACCUAAUAACACAACUCUCAGGAAUCACACUGAUUGUUUUAAUGGCAAGCUGGAUAGCCAUUCAUUUGGGAGGAUUCGCGGGAACAAGCAAUCCAGCUAUAGAAUUCAAUUGGCAUCCAUUGUUAAUGACAAUAGGACUCGUAUUUUUAUAUGGAAAUGCAAUUCUUAUCUACCGUGGUCUUCGCCACACCCGCAAGAAGACCCUCAAGUACACACAUGCUUCAAUUCAUAUGGGAGCAUUCAUUUUAGUUUUGCUUGGAGGCAAGGCUUCCUUCGAUUCGCACAAUCUUCAUGAACCGCCCAUUCCAAAUUUAUACUCACUGCAUUCAUGGUUAGGAGCUGCUGCUAUUUUUAUGUUCUUGUGUCAAUAUGUUGGUGGUUUCGUUGCCUAUCUGUACCCUGGAGCUAAGGAAAACUUCAAAAUCGCCCUCAUGCCCUUCCAUAUCUAUUUCGGAUUGUUUGGAUUCGUUUUAUCUAUUGCCAGUUGCCUGACGGGUUUAACAGAGAAAGCAUUUUUCUCGAUGCCUAAUGGUGCCUACUCAGCUCUACCUACAUCGGGAGUUAUGGUUAAUUUCAUGGGAAUAUUAAUGGUUGUUUUUGGAGCUCUUGUUAUGUAUCUAAGCACAGAACCUAAAUAUAAACGUCGACCCAUUCCAGAGGAUGCAGUUUUAUUGACCGGAGUUAAUGAGUAAAGCUGGAAAAAUAUAAAAUUUAAUUUACUCGUAUCUUGAUAGCUUUAUUUCAUAAAAAAUACUUACCUAAUGGUUGUCAUCUUCUUUUAUGAGUUGUUUUUUUUUUGUUGUAUUAAUUAUUUGCAAUUAUUUUUCAAAGACUUACAUUUAUAUAUUUUAUUCAAAUUAAAUGUCAACUGCACACAAUUUUUUGUAGCCUAUUACAAAGACGUAUUAUGUUUCUCAAAAAUAAUAAUGUUGGUACAUAUAAUUAUAAAUUUGUAAUAAAUGUUUUGUGUUAGGAAUUAGUUGUAAGAAAACUAAACAAAUUCGUUUGACAUAAGCACAAUGUCCUGUGGUGCAUAUAUUAUGUGUAUAUAAUUAUUAAAUAUUAUAAAAAUAAACUUAAAUAAACUCAUCAUCAAAUUUUAAUUGUAAAUUCUUACAAUAAAUAUAAAAAAAUGUAAUUUAGUAAUUACUUGAAUAAACGUACGCAUAUAUCUUUAUGGAAA